CGUCUACUUAAGGGACAGCGCGGCCCGACCUGUCCAGCAUUCGCUCGGGGGAAACCGAUCCAAGCAAAAGUGUAACAUUAUGUGCUUCAAACCUGCGAUGCCUUUUCUUCUCAUCAUGCUAGCCCUCUUGGUAGCAUGCACGCAGUGCGCUGCAUUUGGUGAUUCGAUGGAGGAAGGCUUGCGAGACAAGAAAAUAUUCACAAUACUUCGGCGAAACAAUAGCUGCAAAAUGUACGGCCAUUCCUGCCUAGGAGGCCACGGCAAGCGGUCCGAGGAAGGUACCGUGUCCUCUGACGUGAUGCAGAUGCUGAGGAAAUCAGCGGCAGAGGACGACGCCGGUGCAAUGCUGGCCCAGGCGAGGCUUGAUAGACCCGCCCUGCUGGAGAAGACGCUUCUUCAGAUUCUCCGCAACCGACUUCAGUGAACGAGAGCCGUCCACAUGUGACACUCGAUACCCAAUUCCCUGAAAAAAAGAGACAAGUUCGGCGGUUAUUUUGCCGUUUGAGGCUACAUUUGUUAUCAGCAAAUGCUUGUGGCACCGCCCAAUGAAAUAAUAAACGCGUUUGCAUGACAU